AUGGCAUCUGAGAAGACUCCAGCGAUUAACAAUGAGCGGGAAGAGGAUGAUGAUCUUGGAGGUGAUGCUGAUCUAGACCCAGGGGACACAGCAAAUCUCCUGGAAGAUGAAGAGGAAGAAGAACUCGAGUAUCCAGGCACUGACCCCCGUCCAGAGAAGAAAGCAUAUAAGAUUGCUAGGAUAGUUCUUGGCAUUGGGACUUUUGUGAUUCUUUUUGGCUUUCUUGCUGCUGCAAUCACAUUGAUUGCGGUUUCACCUCCUUGUAAAGGGCAGUCCGAUUUAGCCUGGUGGAAAACAACUGUGAUCUAUCAGUGCUACCCCCUCUCUUUCCAAGACACCAGUGGCAAUGGAAAAGGAGACCUCAAAGGAAUCGAGAAAAGAGUUCAAUACUUCUCAGACAUUGGAGUGGACACUGUGUGGCUAAAUCCGAUAUUUAAGUCACCGCAAAAGGACAAUGGUUACGAUAUUUCAGAUUUCAUGGCUAUAGACCCGCUAUUCGGUACUAUGAAUGAUUUCAAGUCUCUAUUGCAAGAAUUACACAGUAGAGGGAUCCACCUUCUCAUGGAUUUUGUACCCAACCAUACAUCAGACGAGCACCCCUGGUUUGUUGAGAGUCGGAAUAAUAAGACUAGUUCAAAGAAGGACUGGUACGUGUGGGCUGAUCCAAACGAAUUUGGAGGACCACCUAGUAAUUGGAUUUCUGUUUUUGGUGGAAGUGCUUGGACUUUUGAUAGCAAUCGAGAGCAGUAUUACCUGCACCAGUUUUCAGAAUUUCAACCGGAUUUGAAUUACUCCAAUCCUGACGUUUGCUCUGCAAUGGUUAACAUUUUGAAGUUUUGGUUAGAUUUGGGAGUUGAUGGAUUUCGAAUGGAUGCAGUGAUAUUUCUACUUGAAGAUUCUCGUUUCCGUAACGAGACUACUGAUCCAUCGUAUAGUGAACCCAAUAAUUGUACUACGAACAUUACUGAUCCUGCUUGCUACCACAGCUUACUACACAAUGAGACCACAAAUCUUCAUGAUAUCCAUGCAAUCUUUCGUCAGUGGAGAGCAACCCUUGAUUCUUAUGAGAACACCAGGUUUAUGGUCGGAGAAGCCUAUGAUCCUCUCAAUCUUGUCAUGACCUAUUAUGGUGAUUCCAAUAGUUCCGAGUUUCAUUUUCCGUUUAACUUCUUUCUUCUCGAAAACAAAAAUUGGACCGGUAGUGAUGUUAGUAGAAUCGUUUCUGACUGGCUGGACAACAUGCCCGAAGGUGCUUGGCCCAACUGGGUACUCGGGAAUCAUGACAAUCAAAGAAUUGCAAACAAAGCUGGACUGUAUCUAGCCAGGGCUCUUAAUGUUCUCCUGCUGACUUUGCCUGGAACACCUACCACUUAUUAUGGUGAGGAAAUACUUAUGACUGAUGUAUACGUUCCACCUAAUAAGACCCACGACAAAUAUCAAGGAAGAGACUCAGAGCGAACUCCAAUGCAGUGGAACACUAGUGCAAAUGCUGGCUUCAGUACAGUUGAUCCUUGGCUUCCUGUACCCUCGAACUAUACUACAUACAAUGUUGAUGUUGAAAGCAAAAGUAGCAAUUCUAUGCUUAACUUAUACAUGGACCUGGUGAAAAUGAGGAGCUCGAACCCUGCUUUCCAGCACAUCAACUAUACCAAUGUUCUCAACACUACAGAAAUUUAUGUCUAUCACCGGUAUCACAAGAGCAGCAGCAAUGAGUUUAUUGUAGUUGUUAACUUUUCUGAAGACAAAAUGACUGUCAAUCUGAACUCGACCUCUGAUUGGUUUAAAGAUCCUGAAUACGAACUGUCCACAUUACCUGGAAAGAAAGAAGCAACGGUCGACUUGUCUUCUAUUGUUUUGGAGGGAGGUGAGGCAGUGAUAAUCAAGGGGACAGGAACCAGUAAUAAGUCAUGUGGUUAAUGUCAAGCCGUGCAUUCUGCUUAUUAGGUUUUGUAUUGUAAUGUAUAAAGUCGUCGCAUUAUUUUUAUUGUAAUUGUUGCUGUCUGGUGAUAUUCGUACUAUGA